GGGGGAGGGGGGGUUCUGACUGCAAGCAGGAGCUCUCAUGGUUGAGAUCGCGCUGCCUUCUUCCCUUGGAGCUGAGCUCGCGCUGCCUUCCCUCGCUCUCCCUUCCCGAUGCCCGCUGUGUGCUUGCAGCUCCCAGGCCAGCCUCCUGCCCAGGAAGAGAAGGGAAUGACCUCUCCCCCCUGGGAUCCUGCUCCCUCCCCAGCUGAGCCCUCAGAGGACCAAGGCCUGGCCCAGGCAGGGGGCCUGGAGACAGAGGCAAUGGCCCCUGGGAGCCACAGACCCCCAGCCCAGGAGUUGGUGACCUUCAAGGACGUGACUGUGGACUUCACCGCAGAGGAGUGGCGCCUCUUGGACCAUCCUCAGAAAGAGAUGUACAAGGAGGUCAUGCUGGAGAAUGCCUGGAACCUGUUCUCCCUGGGACUUCCAGUUCCCAGAGAAGCUUUGAUCUCCCAUUUUGAGCAAGGGGAAGCACCAUGGAUGCUUGAGCGAGAACGCCCAAGAAACUUUUCCCGUACAGAUGGAGACACUAGGCUUGAAAUGAGGAAGGCUACUUCAAAGCCAAGCAAUUCUAUGGAAGAAUCACAACAGCAAAAAUUCAUGAAAAAUGGUCAAUUUGACAUGAAUUUGAGAGAAGUCUGUGCCUCAGAUAUCAAGAUAAAGAAAAAGCAAAAGAACCACAGUGACUUUGAUAAAGAGAGAAAGAGUUUCAGCCAAUAUGCAGUCCUUGUUCACUGUCAGAAAAUGACCUCAGGGAAUGACCAUUCUCAGGAUAAUAAAUCUAAGGAAUGCUUUACUAAACAGGUAGGGGUUGUUGAGUCUCAUGAAAAACCUCCUGAAAUGCAAACUUAUCAAUGUGAGGGGGCUUUCAGCUUGAAUUCAGACCUAAUUAGACAUCAGAAGAGUCUUAUCAGAGACAUGUUUUAUGUAUAUAAUGAAGGGGAAAAGGCCUUAAGUGAUAUUUCAAAGCUCAGUGAUCACCAGAAAACUCACAAUGAAAAGAACUAUCAUGGAUGUAAUGAAUGUGGUAAGGCCUUUAAGAAACAAUCAUCCCUUCUUUCCCAUCAAAGAAUUCAUACUGGAGAGAAAUCUCAUGAGUGUCACAAAUGUGGUAAAGUUUUCAGUGAGAACUCAUCCAUUAUUUUACAGCAGAGAAGAUACACUGGAAAGAAACUUUAUGAAUGUAAUCAUUGCAGAAAAACUUUCAGACAGAAGGUCCAUGUUGCUGAACAUCAGCUAAUCCACAGUGGAGAGAAACCUUAUGAAUGUACUCAAUGUGGAAAGACAUUCAGAGACAGCUCUAAGCUUGCUGAACAUCAGAGAAUCCACACUGGAGAGAAACCUUAUGAAUGUAAUCAGUGUGGAAAGAGCUUCAGACAGAGUUCUGGUCUCGCUGAACACAAUAGAAUCCACACUGGAGAGAAACCUUAUCAAUGUACUCAAUGUGGAAAGACUUUCAGACACAGUUCCACCCUUGCUCAACACCAGAGAAUCCACACUGGAGAGAAACCUUAUGAAUGUAAUCAAUGUGGAAAGACCUUUAGACACAACUCCAGCCUUGCUGGACAUCAGAGAAUCCACACUGGAGAAAAACCUUAUGAAUGUAAUCAAUGUGGAGAGCAUUUCAGACACAUCUCCAGCCUUGCUGCACAUCAGAGGACCCACAAUAGAGAAAAAUCUUAUGAAUCUAAUCAAUGUGGAAAGACUUUCAGACGCAGGUCCAGGCUUACUGAACAUCAGAGGAUCCACACUAGAGAGAAACGUUAUGAAUGUAAUCAGUGUGGAAAGACUUUCAUACAGAACUCCCAUCUUGCUACUCAUAAGAGAAUCCACACAGGAGAGAAACCUUAUGAAUGUACUCAUUGUGGAAAGGCUUUUAGACAGCACUCUAGUCUUGUCAGUCAUCAGAGAAUCCACACUGGAGAGAGACCUUAUGAAUGUAAUCAAUGUGGGAAGACUUUCAGCUUCAACUCCAAACUUGCUCAACAUCAGAGGAUCCACACUGGAGAAAAACCUCAUACAUGUAAUCAAUGUGGGAAGACUUUCAGACAGAAUGUCCAUCUUGCUAAACAUAAGAGAAUCCACACUGGAGAGAAACCUUAUGAAUGCAACAAUUGUGGAAAAUCUUUUAGACAGCACUCUAGUCUUGUCAGUCAUCAGAGAAUCCACACUGGAGAGAGACCUUAUGAAUGUAAUCAUUGUGGAAAGACUUUCAGACACAGCUCCAGUCUUGCUGAACAUCAGAAAAUCCACACUGGAGAGAAACCUUAUAAAUGUAAACAAUGUGGAAAGAGCUUUAGACAGAUUUACAUUCUUGCUGUACAUAAGAGAAUCCACACUGGUGAAAAACCUUAUGAAUGUAAUCAAUGUGGAAAGCGUUUCAAAUACAAAUCCAGUCUUCCUCAUCAUCAGAAAAUUCACACUGGAGAAAAACCGUAUGAAUGUAAUCAAUGUGGAAAGACUUUCAGAUGCAAAUCCAGUCUUGCUGGACAUCAGAAAAUCCACACUGGAGAGAAACCUUAUGAAUGUAAUCAGUGUGGAAAGACUUUCAGGUGCAGCUCCAAACUUGCUGUACAUCAGAGAAUCCACAGGGGAGAGAAACUUUAAAAAUGUAACCAGUGCAGAAAGAUUUUCACAAACGCCUGCUAUCUUGUUCUACAUCAGAGAAUUCAUUCUGGAAAGAAAUCUUACCAAUGUAAUCAGUGUGGAAAGGCUUUCACACAGAGCUCCAAUCUUACUCAACAUAAGAGAAAUUACACUGGAGAAAAACCUUAGGAAUGUAAUCAAUGUGGGAAGACUUUCAAUUUCAAUUCCAAACUUGAUCUUCUUGCUAUACAUAGAAGAAUCCACACUGAAGAAAAACCUUAUGAGUAUAAUCAGUGUAGGAAGACUUUCAGAGAGAACUCCAAAUAUGCUCAACAUCAGAGAAUCAACACUGGUGAGAGACCUUAUGAAUGUAAUCAAUGUGGUAAAACUUUUAGACAAAACCCUGAUCUUGCUAAACAAAAGAGUAUCCACACCGGAGAGAAACCUUAGGAAUGUAAUCAAUGUGGUAAAACUUUCUGACUACACUCGUCCCUUAUUUCCCAUAAAAAAAUCCAUGGAGGUAGAGAUCUUAUCACUGUACUGAAUGAGAAAAGGCAUUCAAAGGGUGUAAUGGCCUUGUUACACAUCACAAGAUUCAUUCUGGGGACAAGCUCAAUGUGGGAAGACCUUUAGUCAGAGAUCAUCUUGUUUCUUGGUUCACAUCAGAAGAUUCAUAAUGGGUACAUGCCUUUUGUUAGAAGAGAGAGGUCCUUAAGACAUCAGAAUAAUCAUACUGGUAUCAUAAAAGCAAUGAUUGUGCAAAGGCCUUGACAUAGAGUACAUGGGAGGAAUUGUGCUGGAGACAAAACUUAAGGAUCUAAUAAAUAAGGGAAGACCUUUUCUUUGAGCAUAACCCUAAUCUGCCAUUCCAAAUUUCAUGUGGUGCAUAAAGCCCUAUAAAUAGAAUGUAUUUUUUCUAUGAAAUAUUGUUUUUCAAAACACUUCAAGAAUAUUCCUUAGCAUUUAUCUACCAUCAUUUCAUCAGUCAUU